AUGUCUGCGCCUCCACUCUAUGGGUAUGGUAGCUCAAAAGGGACCCUCGCUUCGAGCACGUCGAGAUAAGCGAGCCAAUCCCGGGGAUAUGUAUCCGUGGUUGCGUGUUGUGCUUCUCUUUUUUCAGUUCUCAAACACGCGUUACUCGAGUGAAUACGACUGUUAUUAUUUGAGGAGAGAAGCCUUGUAGCGAGGAUUAUACUUUUCUGAAACAGAAACCCAUCCUCAUUAAUAGAUUUUCGGUCAGUUUGAAUAAUGUGGACGAUACGAAACUUUCGUUUCUCAGUUAGAAUACACUAGCGAUCAGCAGAAAAGAUAAGAGAGUGUAGACUAGGCAGUUUCUUUUUACACUCUCCGACCGAUGUGUACAUUGCGCGUUUGAUGGUCGACAGUAAGAACAUCGGUUUAGACUCAAAACCUAAUGCAAGGCAAACAGACGGAUCGGAAUUGAGCUGAUUGAUGAUAUUUAAUUAAAAACAAUCAAGUUUUAAUCUGCUGAUGUUUUUUUCUGGGACUCUUCCUCGUCUCUGUGUGAUAUCCCUUUGACCGAAAACUGCGCCGUAUGAAUAGAGCUUUUCGGAUUUUCAUCUGACGCAUGACUUCCUCCCCUUUUCCAAUUUUGUCGACGUACGAGACCCGACUCGGCUGACCCAAUUAAACGAGAAAAAGGAGAGCCGGAGAGCCGUCCGUCGACGUCUCGCUCAUUUCCGAUUCUGGCUCCUCGGGCAUUUGACAUUGCAGAAGCAUGUGAGCUCGCAGGAUUCCUUCGAAAUGGAUUCAUCACUGCGUAUUUCCGUCGUUUCCCUUUCACCUUCAGCUCCCAUCGAGUUUUUGUUAUUCUCUUUCUCCCGAAAUGGACCCGUUUUUAGCGUGAGGAUAUGCUUUCGUGUGUGCGAAUUCACGCAGCACGUCAUCCGAAAUACUAGCAUCUUUUUGCCUGCUUUUCUCGCUGACUAGACGCAGAACCACUCUCGCCCCGCUUCGGAGGCCUUACUCUCUGCCCCGCUCACAGCCACUCACAAGACACUCACCACGCGCUCACUCGCUUCGAUUUUUAGGGGGGCAGCGGAGAGAAAAUGCGGCAGGCACGCAGGCCUUAGGUCUCAGAGAACAUGUUCGGAGGUCGUGGUUCGUGUUGACAAAUGCACUCUUUUCACUUACCUUGCCUUUCACUUUUCGAUUGAGGUGGCAAUCAAUCGACGCUCCGCACCAGUUGGCUGCCCGCAGAAGACGGCCGAAAUGUUCCUCUCGAUGGCCUAGCUUUCCCCCUCAAUCAUAUGAUUCUUUCGUAACAGUUGGCUGUCCUCCUGGACAAGUCACGAGGAAGAACGGAAACUUCUAAUCGAUUCAUUUUUACUUGCCACGUCAUUGUUGCCGAAGUUUAUGUUAUGAUUCUCUGUCUUUUUCCACCUCGAAAGCUUUCAAACUCUUCUUCUUCUUCUUCUUCUUCUUUUCGCACUUCCUCUAUCGUGUGUUAGUCCACUCUAUCACUCAGAAAUUCAAUUUGUUUCAGGAGAAUGUCCUAUGCGUAUCUGUUCAAGUACAUUAUCAUCGGCGACACUGGCGUCGGAAAGUCGUGCCUGCUGUUGCAGUUCACCGACAAGCGCUUCCAGCCGGUCCACGAUCUCACGAUUGGUACGUUUAUUCAGGGAAAGAGCAUGAAUGAAAGCAUGGGUUGCAGGCGUCGAGUUUGGAGCACGUAUGGUGACAAUUGACGGAAAACAGAUCAAGCUUCAAAUCUGGGACACCGCCGGACAGGAGUCUUUCCGCUCCAUCACCCGCUCUUACUACCGCGGAGCCGCCGGCGCGUUGCUCGUCUACGACAUCACCCGACGCGACACUUUCAAUCAUUUGACCUCGUGGCUCGAAGACGCACGGCAACACAGCAACUCCAACAUGGUCAUCAUGCUGAUCGGAAAUAAGAGGUAGGCGUGUGCCCCACUUGAAUAUUCUACUAUUUUGUGCCUUCGUUUGCAGCGACUUGGAAGCUCGCCGUGAAGUGAAACGCGAGGAAGGAGAGGCGUUCGCUAGAGAGCACGGACUCGUCUUCAUGGAGACGUCGGCGAAGACGGCCGCAAAUGUGGAGGAGGCGUUCAUCGAUACCGCCAAGGAAAUCUACCGUAAGAUUCAAGAGGGAGUGUUCGACAUCAACAACGAGGCCAACGGAAUCAAGCUGGGCCCGCAGCACUCGCCCAGCUCUCCGAACUCUCCAGGUGGAAACGCCGCCGGAGGACUCGGAGGAGGAUCCGGAUGCUGCUAA